GACCUGUUUAUACCCCGCCGAGCUUCCGUAGCUGAUCGGAUCGCCGGUGAGAGGCGUGCGGGGCGGACAUGGCGGAGACUGGAAGAGAUCUGCGGUGUACGAGAGAGAGCCAUGGGGAAGAGCGGCUACAGGAGGAUUCCCUACCUACCGAGACCUCCUUGGAGCAGAAAAAGGUGGAGAGUUCUGUGGGUGCCAUCUUCACUGCCCUCAAACAAAGCCACGGGGCCUUUCAGCUUGUAUUGGAGAGAGAGCUCCAUGCCCACUACCUACGCAAAGGCUUGCAGCACCUCUCCGACUCUUACGAGUGCCUGGAUGCCAGCCGUCCCUGGCUAUGCUAUUGGAUUGUACAUAGUUUAAUGAUAUUGGAUGAGCCAAUCCCUGAAUCUGUGGCAUCAAGUGUUUGCCAGUUUCUAGGUCAAUGCCAGGGUCCCAAUGGGGGCUUUGGUGGUGGACCCAGCCAGCAACCUCAUCUAGCCCCUACCUAUGCAGCAGUGAAUGCUCUAUGCACCAUUGGAACAGAAGAAGCCUAUAAUGUCAUUAACAGGGAAAAGCUUCUGGAAUUCCUCUGGUCACUGAAGCAACACAACGGAUCUUUCAACAUGCAUGUGGGAGGGGAAGUGGAUGUAAGAAGUGCCUAUUGUGCUGCCUCCGUGGCAUCACUGACCAACAUAAUGACACCCAAGCUAUUUGAUGGUACGGCUGAAUGGAUAGCCAGGUGCCAGUUUUGGGAAGGUGGUAUUGGUGGGGUGCCAGGCAUGGAAGCACAUGGAGGAUAUACAUUUUGUGGCUUGGCAGCCUUGGUCAUAAUGAAGAGAGUUCACCUUUUAGACCUAAAGAGCUUGUUGAGAUGGGUUGCUUUUAGACAGAUGAGAUUUGAGGGUGGAUUCCAAGGUCGCUGCAACAAGCUGGUUGAUGGCUGCUAUUCCUUUUGGCAAGCUGGUCUGAUGCCCCUCCUCCAUAGAACUUUACAUGCUGAAGGAGAAUCCACCCUCAGCUACGCCAAUUGGAUGUUUGACCAGAAAGCCCUCCAGGAAUAUAUUCUCUUGUGUUGCCAAUGCCCCUCUGGUGGUUUACUAGAUAAACCCGGCAAAUCAAGAGACUUCUAUCAUACCUGCUAUUGUCUGAGUGGCUUGUCUAUAGCUCAGCAUUUUGGAAGUGGUGAAAUGCUUCGAGAAACUGUUGUGGGAUCUCCGGAGAACUUGUUGAAGCCUACACAUCCCGUAUAUAAUAUUGGACCUGAUAAGGUGGCUCAGGCCAUCAUGCAUUUUAUGCAGAAAGAGAUUCCAGACUUGAAUUCCAAAAAUGACAUUUAGGUGGAGCACAAGCUCGCCAAGCACUUACUUUGGUUUAUGACGCGACAAGUUACAACCUGGAGGAAGCCAUCAUGUACACUCUUAUAAGGGCUGCACAGUGUCUCGUGCGUUUCCAGGACUGAAUGAAUGGUGUUUGUGGAAGUGAAAAGGCCAUUCUAAUGGUAAAUCCACACAUUAACCCAAGAGACAUUUUCUAUUCGUACUUAUUAAACUUUAGCACUUCUGUAAUGUAUGUGUGGCAGGAUCUGAAUACCGUUUGACUAGAUAGGCUUACAGUGGUGCCCACAGGAAUCAGAUUCCAGAUUUUUUUCCUCUAUUUGCUGUGGUAACAAGACUCCAUUGAGUUAUAGUAAUUGUUAAACCAAAUAUCCUCUCUUGAAUGAAAAUAGUAAAACGGAAAGUGUACAUAUUACCUUAAGUCUUCAUAUUUACUGUAUGUAGCUGUGCUACCUGCAGCACUUUGAUGUAUUUAUGGUGCUCGCUGGCUACAAAUGAAUAGAUUUGCUGGUCUUCUUGUGUAACAGAAGUAUGUCUGAAUGGCCUAAAUGUAAGGCGACCCGGACUGGGCUAAGCACUGUGAUCAGAAAACCUGUAAGGUGCACUUUUUUCUUAAAGGCCAGCAAGUGUUUGAUGGAAUGGGCCUUUUUGGUACAGCGAUAGUUUCUAAGGGAAGAAACCUCAACGUUCUCAUAUGUAACUGCAGUAAAGUUAAUUUCACAAAAAAAAAAAAA